GCGCGGGGCGCGGGAGGCGCCGGGAGGGCGGGGGGAGGGAGGGCCGCCGCGGCCCGGACUUCUUCAGUCCCUCCCCAAUGUCGCCGACGCCCCCGAUCCGCGGAGCUCCGACGGCCGCCGCUCAGCCUGCCAAGGUUAUCACUUAGGACUCGAGGCUAGCACUGGGAAUCCGCUGCUCCUGGUGGCCAUUUUUUCCAUUUUACUGGACAGGAAAGAGAAAUUGAGGGGAGAGAAAAAGAGAGACACCUGCAGACCUGCUUCACCACUUGUGAAACAUCCCCCCAGCAGGAGGAAUGCCAGCACCUGAGCAGGCCUCAUUGGUACAGGAGGGGCUACUACAGACCCGCCAGGAAACUGCCUCCACUGGCCCAGGCAUGGAAUCGGAGACCACAGCCACCACUAUUCUAGCCUCUGUGAAGGAGCAGGAGCUUCAGUUCCAGCGACUCACCAGAGAACUGGAAGUGGAGAGGCAGAUUGUGGCCAGUCAGCUAGAAAGAUGUAGGCUUGGAGCAGAGUCACCUAGCAUCGCAAGCACCAGCUCAACUGAGAAGUCAUUUCCUUGGAGAUCAACAGAUGUGCCAAGUACUGGUGUAAACAAAGCUAAAGCUUCUGACGCUGUUCACUCCAACUAUCUCAUCAGGACAGAGGCAGAACAAGUGGCCCUCUACUCACCAGAACAGACAUCUCUCCAUGAAAGUGAGGGAUCACUGGGUAACUCAAGAAGUUCAACACAGAUGAAUUCUUAUUCUGACAGUGGGUACCAAGAAGCAGGGAGUUUCCACAACAGCCAGAACUUAAUUAAGGCAGAUACUAGAGCACAGCAUUCAUUCAUAGGAUCAACUAAUAACCAUCUGGUGAGGAACUCAAGAGCUGAAGGGCAAACACUGGUUCAGCCUUCAGUAGCCAGUCGGGCUAUGAGAAGAGUCAGCUCAGUCCCAUCCAGAGCACAGUCUCCUUCCUAUGUCAUCAGCACAGGCGUGUCUCCAUCAAGGGGCUCACUGAGAACUUCUCUGGGUAGUGGAUUUGGCUCUCCAUCCAUGACCGAUACCCGACCACUGAACCCCAGCACGUACUCCUCCACCACAUUACCUACGCAGCGGGCAGCCUCUCCUUUCUCUGCACAGAGACCCACCUCCCCAACUGCUGUGAAAAGAAUUGUUUCAGUCACUUCCCGGCAGACCUCUAACCCCAACGGACCAGCCCCUCAGUACCAAACUGCCACCAGAGUAGGAUCCCCACUGACCCUGUCAGAUGCACAGACUCGAGUAGCCUCUCCAUCCCAAGGCCAGGUGGGGCCAUCGUCCCCCAAACGCUCAGGGAUGACUGCCGUACCACAGCACCUGGGGCCUUCACAGCAAAGGACUGUUCACGACAUGGAGCAGUUUGGGCCGCAGCAGUAUGACAUUUAUGAAAGAAUGGUUCCACCUCGGCCGGAUAGCCUGACCGGUUUGCGGAGUUCCUAUGCUAGUCAGCACAGCCAGCUGGGGCAAGACCUCCGUUCAGCUGUGUCUCCUGAUUUGCACAUCACUCCUAUAUAUGAAGGAAGGACUUAUUACAGCCCAAUGUACCGCAGCCCGAACCAUGGCACUGUGGAGCUCCAAGGAUCACAGACGGCUUUAUACCGCACGGGCUCAGUAGGUGUUGGAAAUCUACAAAGGACAUCCAGCCAACGAAGUACCCUUACAUACCAAAGAAAUAAUUACGCUCUGAACACCACAGCUACCUACGCAGAGCCCUACAGGCCGAUACAGUACCGAGUGCAAGAGUGCAACUACAACAGACUUCAGCAUGAAGCACCAGUUGACGAUGGCACCACCAGAUCACCAUCAAUAGACAGCAUUCAGAAAGACCCCAGGGAGUUUGCCUGGCGUGAUCCUGAGCUGCCUGAAGUCAUUCACAUGCUGCAGCACCAGUUCCCAUCGGUCCAGGCAAAUGCUGCCGCCUACCUGCAGCACCUGUGCUUUGGGGACAACAAAGUGAAGAUGGAGGUAUGUAGGCUAGGGGGAAUCAAGCAUCUAGUUGACCUCUUGGACCACAGAGUUUUGGAAGUUCAGAAGAAUGCUUGUGGUGCCCUCCGAAACCUCGUUUUUGGCAAAUCUACAGAUGAAAAUAAAAUAGCGAUGAAGAAUGUUGAUGGAAUACCUGCCUUGUUACGACUAUUGAGGAAAUCCAUUGAUGCAGAAGUAAGGGAACUUGUCACAGGAGUCCUCUGGAACUUAUCCUCAUGUGAUGCUGUAAAGAUGACUAUCAUUCGAGAUGCUCUGUCAACCUUGACAAACACUGUGAUCGUUCCACACUCUGGAUGGAAUAACUCUUCUUUUGAUGAUGAUCAUAAGAUUAAAUUCCAGACUUCACUUGUUCUGCGCAAUACAACAGGUUGUCUGAGGAACCUCAGCUCUGCAGGGGAGGAGGCUCGGAAGCAAAUGCGAUCCUGUGAGGGGCUGGUGGACUCACUGCUGUAUGUGAUCCACACAUGUGUGAACACGUCUGACUACGACAGCAAGACGGUGGAGAACUGUGUGUGCACCCUGAGGAACCUAUCUUAUCGGCUGGAACUAGAGGUUCCUCAAGCGCGGCUGCUGGGACUCAAUGAGUCAGAUGACCUACUAGGAAAGGAGUCUCCUAGCAGAGACUCAGAGCCAAGCUGUUGGGGAAAGAAGAAGAAGAAGAAGAAGAGGAUGCCGCCAGAGGAUCAAUGGGAUGGAGUUGGCCCUAUCCCAGGACUGGCCAAGUCACCCAAAGGGGUUGAGAUGCUGUGGCAUCCGUCAGUGGUCAAACCAUAUCUAACUCUUCUCGCAGAAAGUUCCAACCCAGCCACCUUAGAAGGCUCUGCUGGCUCUCUCCAGAACCUCUCUGCUGGCAACUGGAAGUUUGCAGCUUAUAUCCGGGCAGCUGUCCGCAAAGAAAAAGGGCUUCCCAUCCUUGUAGAGCUUCUGCGAAUGGACAACGACAGAGUUGUUUCUUCUGUGGCAACCUCCCUGAGGAAUAUGGCUCUGGAUGUCCGCAACAAGGAGCUCAUAGGUAAAUACGCCAUGCGAGACCUGGUCAACCGGCUCCCCGGGGGCACCGGCCCCAGCGUGCUAUCUGAUGAAACCGUAGCUGCCAUCUGCUGUGCUCUACAUGAAGUCACUAGCAAAAACAUGGAGAAUGCCAAGGCUCUGGCCGACUCAGGGGGCAUAGAGAAGCUGGUGAACAUAACCAAGGGCAGAGGAGACAGAUCAUCCCUGAAAGUGGUGAAGGCUGCAGCUCAGGUCUUGAAUACAUUAUGGCAAUAUCGGGACCUCCGGAGCAUUUAUAAAAAGGAUGGGUGGAAUCAGAACCAUUUUAUCACACCCGUGUCGACUUUAGAGCGAGACCGAUUCAAGUCACAUCCUUCCUUGUCUACCACCAACCAGCAGAUGUCCCCUAUCACUCAGUCAGUCGGCAGUACCUCCUCCUCACCAGCACAAUUAGGCAUCAGAGAUCCUCGCUCUGAGUACGCUAGGACCCAGCCACCUGUGCAGUAUUACAAUAGCCAAGGGGAUGCCACACAGAAAGGCCUAUACCCUGGCUCCAGCAAACCUUCACCAAUUUACAUCAGUUCCUAUUCCUCACCAGCAAGAGAACAAAAUAGACGGCUACAGCAACAACAGCUGUACUAUAGCCAAGACGACUCCAGUAGGAAGAACUUUGAUGCAUACAGAUUAUAUCUGCAGUCUCCGCAUAGCUAUGAAGACCCUUACUUUGAUGAGCAAGUUCAUUUCCCAGCUUCUUCUGAUUAUUCAACACAGUAUGGACUGAAAUCGACCACAAACUAUGUUGACUUUUACUCCACUAAGCGACCUUCUUACAGAGCAGAACAAUACCCAGGGUCUCCGGACUCAUGGGUGUAGCAUCGAGAUGCUCAGUGGAGCUCUUUCUAAUCUUGUUAAGAAUGAGAUGAAAAGUCUGUCUUGCUGAUUUGGUGAUGAAAUGAGAAAGUGAAAUAGAAGGAAUGAGUGUAGAGCCUUUUUUUUUCUUUUUUGAGGAAUUAUCAGGGAAAUGAGGGAACUUUUGGGAGAAAUGACUUUGUAAGCUCUAUUUAGGUGUUAAGUCUAAUUACCUGUAGAUUCCAUAGUUUGGUGACAAUGUGGGCGAGGUGAUGAGAGGUUGGAGAAAUGGGUAGAAUGAGAUGGGGAUGUGUAGGUCAAAUUAAAGAUGAAUUUUUAAAUGUGAAUAAAGUUACGUUCUGAUAGUUUGUACAGAGAAAAAUAAAAUGGAUGACCUUCAUGUUUUAUUGCUAUUACUAAAUGUCAAGAUUGUAUGCUAUUAUGUCUUGUAAAUUUAUUUUGUUGGUGUAAAUAUAGAAAUGCCACAUUGGUCAAGUGCCAUCAUUUGUAACGCAGUGUGUCAUUUGAAAAGAGAAUGAAGAAGCUGACAGCUUAAAAAAUAUAGAUGGGAGGCCCACGAAAUUGUUAAUAAUUCAAAUAAACUACAACAUCUUUUGUUUUCAAGGUGAAUAGUGUACCUUUGAAGCACAAAGUCUGAUCUGGCAUAGCAGCUCAUGCCCAUCCCUGCCUCUUCAUAGGACACUUCACUGCCAUUUUCUAUGCACAUAAAAAAUAAAUAAAUGUGGACAUUUCAUCCUUGGAAA